CUUUACAGAUUGGAAAUGAGCAUCUUUUACCUUAGCCUGUCAAAAAAAACCCUAAGAUUCGCUGGCCACGGGCUUCUGGCGCUCUUUUCCUCCGCUCUUGCUCGGCCCCUGGUUGCAGCCUUUGCCAUGGGUUUCGGAGACUUGAAAACCCCUGCCAGCCUCCAGGUGCUCAACGAUUACCUGGCGGACAAGAGCUACAUUGAGGGGUAUGUGCCAUUGCAGGCAGAUGUGGCAGUAUUUGAAGCAGUCUCCAGUCCACCACCUGCUGACCUGUGCCAUGCCCUAUGUUGGUACAAUCACAUCAAGUCUUAUGAAAAGGAAAAGGUAAGCCUGCUGGGAGUGAAGAAAUCUUUGGGCAAGUAUGGCCCUGCGAGCGUGGAAGACACCACAGGAAGUGGAGCUGCAGAGGCUAAAGAUGAUGAUGACAUUGAUCUCUUUGGAUCUGACGAUGAGGAGGAAAACGAAGAAGCAAAGAAGCUUGAAUCAAAGAAAGCUAAAAAGCCUGCAGUUGUUGCCAAGUCUUCCAUCUUAUUAGAUGUGAAGCCUUGGGAUGAUGAGACAGACAUGACAAAACUAGAGGAGUGUGUCCAAAGCAUUCAAGCAGACGGCUUGGUGUGGGGCUCCUCUAAGUUGGUUCCAGUGGGAUACGGAAUUAAAAAGCUUCAAAUACAGUGUGUGGUUGAAGAUGAUAAGGUUGGAACGGAUAUGCUGGAAGAGCAGAUCACUGCUUUCGAGGACUACGUACAGUCCAUGGAUGUGGCUGCCUUUAACAAAAUUUAAAUCAUCCGCAAGUCAAUGCACUUAAAUAAAAGCUUGAAAGAUAAAA